GCCUGCAUUGUUUACAUCACGCCAAUCUUCACUUUUUUCGUGUGCAGAGUCGGCACUGCAGGAACAUCUGGAAUCUCAAAUAAUUUAAUUGGUUUCCCGAAUAUCAUCAAUUUAAUUCAUUAUUAUUUAUAAAUUGGCAGCAAUAAUGCCAAGAACCGGUGUCUUCCUGGCGCUCCUAUUGGGAGCGAUAGUGGCUGGUUCCUUAGCUGCCACAACACACAAGCACACCCAUCACCCAUCUGGCGGUGCCAAGGAACGAAUGGAGGAUGGAAGCUUUGCCCCUCGCGAUGCCCAUCACAUGGAAGGGGAUGAACAUCAUUCCGAAUUCGACCAUGAAGCCAUUUUGGGUAGUGUAAAGGAAGCGGAAGAAUUUGAUUCACUCUCACCGGAGGAAUCGAAGCGACGGUUGGCGCUGUUGGUGGUCAAAAUGGAUCUCAAUUCGGACGGAUUUAUCGACCGACACGAAUUGAAGGCUUGGAUUCUGAGGUCGUUCAAGAGUUUGCUCGAGGAAGAAGCUGCCGAUCGGUUUGAGGAUAUAGAUCAGAAUAAUGACGAGGUGAUUACGUGGGAGGAAUACUAUGCCGAUACAUACGGUAUGGAGAAUGAGGAUGAAGACGCCGAACAGAUGGAAUUGGAUCCUCAUAAAGAAGAGGAGAGAAAAUUGAUGGUCGAUGAUAAAGAGAUGUUCGAAGCUGCCGAUAGCAAUAAGGAUGGAAAGUUGGAUUUGAACGAGUUUGUCCAGUUUAUGUCGCCGGAGGAAUUCCCGCAAAUGUUUGCUGUCGUUCUGAAGCAAACGUUACGCAAUAAGGACGCUAAUAAGGAUGGAAAGAUAGACUUCCAGGAGUACGCGGCCGAGCAUUCCAGAGAUCACGACAGGGACUGGUUGAUAACGGAGAAGGAGCGGUUCGAUCUUGAUUUCGACAGGGACGGGGACGGUUAUUUGAAUGGAAACGAAAUUCUGUCUUGGAUUCUUCCUAGCAAUGAAGAGGUAGCUGAAGACGAAGUGGCUCAUCUGUUUGUAUCGGCCGAUGAAGAUCAUGAUGAACGUCUGUCGUACGAAGAAAUUAUCAACAAAUACGACAUCUUUGUAGGUAGCGAAGCAACCGAUUACGGAGAUCAUCUGCAUAAUAUUCACCAUUUCGAUGAUGAGUUGUAAAACAUCCCUCUGGUCAUUAACUUUCUUUUAACAUUGUUUUAUUCGAGAUCGAAUUUUUAUUUUAACUAUCUCUGCAAAGCUCUAGUCUUUUAGUGACCGGUAUUUUAAAUUGUUAGUUAUAUAAUCCAAACGAUCGCUAAUUGCCAUGAUAAGUUAAGAUUAUAUUUUGGAUGACAUUACAUUUAGGAGCAAAAACACAAUCUGGGCACAAAAUGGCAGCAUUUUUCUUUAUUAAUACCAAAUAAUUCGUUAUUCUCUUAUCCGUGGGAAUCUUAAGAUUAAUACAAACCAAACUUGUCCUUAUUUAUGCAUUUAUUGACAUUAGUUUUUUUAGAA